AUGAUCUUUAGAGAUAAAAAAAAUGAUAAUACCACUCAAUUCACCAUUGUAAACUCUGAAGAACUCAAAUGUUUACUUACAACUGAAAUCCCAACUGUUGUAAUUAAACCUCUUACUCUUGAUACUAAUCUCAAUCUAAUUAAUAUUCAUUCUAAUCCAAGACUGUGCCCUAUUCGCAUUAAAACAUUACGAUAUGAUAUGGGAAGAAUAGAUCAAGUCUGUAGAUAUUGUGAAGCUAAAUUUUGGAUGCUAGAAAAGAAGCAGAAUAGUGGUCUCGCUGCUCCAAAAUUUUUUGUUUGCUGUGCCAUUUUAGCUUGCACAUCUUUUGGUGCUAAAGUAGAUCAACAAUUUGUAGAACAAGAAGGCAACUCUCCAGCAUUUGCUCAACUGUACAUUUAUGACACUGCGUAUGAAAUUCAAAAUCGUCAUAACACUAUGAAUCAAUUAAAUGAAUUGAGUGAAGAUAUUUUACAGACCUUACAAAAUGUACUUGAUAAAAGCAACCCUUAUAUUCAAAAAUUUCAUCAA